AUUAACUUGAUGGCGUUAUUUAAACCUUUUCUGGGUUGAAUCCAGCAAUACGGCAGAGGAUAUAUGAAGUCUUCAUUGCACGUAAAGUACUUCACGAUGAUUUUCUAUUUGGCAUUUGUUUCACUCCUUUGCCUUCCAGUUGCAAAUUCAUUUGGAAAAGCUUGUUGUGGAAGUCGAUCAUACAACCCUUCUUUCUAUAUCUGCUGCAAUGGAGUAAUAAAUUGGAAAGGAUCGGGCACUAGUUGCUGUGGAACAAGAGCUUUUAAUCCUUCUUUCUAUAUCUGCUGCAACAGAGUAAUAAAUUGGAAAGGAUCGGGCACGAGUUGCUGUGGAACUAAAGCUUUCAAUCCUUCUUUCUAUAUUUGCUGCAAUGGAGUCAUAAACUGGAAAGGCUCGGGUACAAGUUGUUGUGGAACUAGAGCUUUCAAUCCCUCUUUUGCUCAUUGCUGCAAUGGAGUUAUUUGUUAGAGAAGUGGGUUCAUUUCUUAAUAAAAAGCAUAGGUUAA